UUAAACCCCUCACCCAGCCAGCGCCCCAUCCUGUCUGUCCGAACCCAGACACAAGUCUUCACUCCUUCCUGCGAGCCCUGAGGAAGCCUUCUUUCCCCAGACAUGGCCAACAAGGGUCCUUCUUAUGGCAUGAGCCGCGAAGUGCAGUCCAAAAUCGAGAAGAAGUAUGACGAGGAGCUGGAGGAGCGGCUGGUGGAGUGGAUCAUAGUGCAGUGUGGCCCUGAUGUGGGCCGCCCAGACCGUGGGCGGUUGGGCUUCCAGGUCUGGCUGAAGAAUGGCGUGAUUCUGAGCAAGCUGGUGAACAGCCUGUACCCUGAUGGCUCCAAGCCGGUGAAGGUGCCCGAGAACCCACCCUCCAUGGUCUUCAAGCAGAUGGAGCAGGUGGCUCAGUUCCUGAAGGCGGCUGAGGACUAUGGGGUCAUCAAGACUGACAUGUUCCAGACUGUUGACCUCUUUGAAGGCAAAGACAUGGCAGCAGUGCAGAGGACCCUGAUGGCUUUGGGCAGCUUGGCAGUGACCAAGAAUGAUGGGCACUACCGUGGAGAUCCCAACUGGUUUAUGAAGAAAGCGCAGGAGCAUAAGAGGGAAUUCACAGAGAGCCAGCUGCAGGAGGGAAAGCAUGUCAUUGGCCUUCAGAUGGGCAGCAACAGAGGGGCCUCCCAGGCCGGCAUGACAGGCUACGGACGACCUCGGCAGAUCAUCAGUUAGAGGGGAGAGGGCUAGUCCUGAGCCCUGCCCUCCCCCAGCUCCUUGGCUGCAGCCAUCCCGCUUAGCCUGCCUCACCCACACCCGUGUGGUACCUUCAGCCCUGGCCAAGCUUUGAGGCUCUGUCACUGAGCAAUGGUAACUGCACAUGGGCAGCUCCUCCCUGUGCCCCCAGCCUCAGCCCAACUUCUUACCCGAAAGCAUCACUGCCUUGGCCCCUCCCUCCCGGCUGCCCCGUUCACCUCUACUGUCUCCUCCCUGGGCUAAGCAGGGGAGAUCUCGGCUGGGGGUAGCCUGGAUGUGGGCCAAGUCCACUGUCCUUGGCGGCAAAAGCCCAUUGAAGAAGAACCAGCCCAGCCUGCCCCCUAUCUUGUCCUGGAAUAUUUUUGGGGUUGGAACUCAAAAAAAAAAAAAAAAAAAAUCCAUCUUUUCUGA